UAAUAAUCUUUUCUUGUGUUCAAAGAUGGAUACAUCAGAGAGAGUUAGAGCUCGAUUAGCUGUCCUCUCGGCGCACUUGACGUCAGCUAAUAACCCCUACGAGUCAGGACCUCCAGCUAUCGAGCGAUGGUCCACGUCAGCGGAUAUAAGUGCUCCACCGCAUGGAUCCUUGAAGGGAGCCUUGACGGUAGUCGACGAGCGCACAGGGAAGAAGUAUCAGGUUCCGGUCUCGGAUGAUGGUACCGUUAAAGCCGUUGAUCUCAGGAAGAUUUCGACGGGGAAGGAGGACAAAGGGAUUAAACUAUACGAUCCUGGUUACUUGAACACGGCUCCUGUUCGGUCUUCGAUUUCUUACAUAGAUGGAGAUGAAGGGAUCCUACGUUAUCGUGGGUAUCCAAUAGAGGAAAUGGCUGAGAACAGUACUUUUCUCGAGGUUGCAUAUCUUCUGAUGUAUGGGAAUCUGCCUUCUGAAAGUCAGCUAUCUGAUUGGGAGUUUGCUGUUUCUCAGCAUUCAGCUGUGCCUCAAGGAGUUUUGGAUAUAAUACAGUCAAUGCCUCACGAUGCACACCCCAUGGGAGUUCUAGUGAGUGCAAUGAGUGCGCUUUCCAUCUUUCACCCUGAUGCUAAUCCUGCGCUCAGGGGUCAGGAUAUCUAUGACUCAAAACAAGUUAGAGAUAAGCAAAUUAUUCGCAUUAUUGGAAAGGCGCCAACUAUUGCAGCAGCUGCUUACUUGAGGAUGGCAGGGAGGCCUCCCGUUCUUCCUUCAGGAAGCCUUUCUUAUGCUGAGAACUUCCUCUAUAUGCUCGAUUCCAUGGGAAACCGAUCCUACAAACCUAACCCUCGGCUGGCUCGGGUACUGGACAUCCUCUUCAUAUUACAUGCGGAGCAUGAAAUGAACUGCUCCACCGCUGCUGCUCGGCAUCUUGCCUCUAGUGGUGUUGAUGUGUACACUGCUGUUGCUGGAGCUGUGGGUGCGCUUUAUGGUCCACUUCACGGCGGUGCAAACGAGGCUGUGCUUAAGAUGUUGUCAGAGAUUGGGAGUGUUGAAAACAUUCCAGAGUUCAUAGAGGGUGUUAAAAACAGGAAGAGGAAGAUGUCUGGUUUUGGACACCGUGUGUACAAAAACUAUGACCCAAGAGCUAAAGUCAUCAAAAAGCUAGCGGAUGAAGUGUUCUCCAUUGUUGGAAGGGAUCCUCUUAUUGAAGUAGCCGUUGCUCUUGAGAAGGCAGCUCUUUCGGAUGAUUACUUUGUUGAGAGAAAGCUUUAUCCAAAUGUUGAUUUCUACUCUGGACUAAUAUACAGGGCAAUGGGGUUUCCACCAGAGUUCUUCACUGUCUUGUUUGCUAUUCCUCGCAUGGCUGGAUACUUGUCGCAUUGGAAAGAGUCGCUAGAUGAUCCUGACACCAAGAUCAUGAGGCCACAACAGGUGUACACAGGCGUGUGGCUUAGGCAUUACACACCAGUUAGAGAGAGGGUGGGGACGGAUGAGUCGAAGGAUUCAGACAAGUUGGGUCAAGUCUCGACUUCCAAUGCAUCAAGAAGACGUUUGGCUGGAUCUUCAGCUUAGGUCCAUACAUAUCAUACAACACACUGCACACCACAAAGGAAUAAGAGAGGGUUCUCUAGCCAAACGCAGUGAGGGUCUCGAGUCUUUGAUAAAGAUCACACCUCCAAAACAAAAUAAAGAAUUUUUCUUUUGUAUUCACGAAUUAUUCUGGUGGAGCCAGAGCUCUUUGGAAACAGUUCAGUUAAAAAAUAUAUAUAUUUGAUUAGUGUUUUAUGAUU